AUGGCCUCCAAAUCCGCGCUGCUGCCGCGCGGCGGGCCACCGCGUCUGCUCGCCCGCGCAAGCAGACGACGCUACGAAGCUCCAACAUGUCUCUUCUGCUCGCUCGCCCCGCCCUCGACGCCCGCCGGCCCUGUCCGAUCCAGGGCUCCGAGAUCCCGCCGCGACGUCGCUUCACCACCGCGCCCGAGACGAUGGCAGUCGACCGCUGCGCCUGUGGCUUCGGCCACGCCGUCAAAUCCCCGCGUCGAGCUUGAACACGCACUCCUUGAGCUCCAGCGUCGGGCUCCGAACCUCGUCAACCUCUCUCGCCUCCAAUUGGCCCUGCAGGGUUUGCGACAAUCCGCUGGCCAGGAAGUCGUUCGCGUUGCCAUCCUCGGCCUGGCGAACGGCGGCCCGGCAGAGGGCGGCGGCGCGGUGCAUACCGCGCGUAGGGUUCUUCGCAUGUUGCUGGCCGACCCGCUGUCCGAUGAGCAGCCGUGGGAGCGGGAGCUCGCGGCCCAUGACCCCAGCAAGCCUCUCAUUGUUCGCGUCGCACCGGGCCAACGCGCCGAUGUGCGCGUCGAGAUAUCGACGGACACUGCUCUGCAUGAGCUGCACGUCUCGUCGCCCGACUUGAACGGACUCAACCUGGAGCUCCUUCUCAUGGAGGUUACGGCUCCGUAUGGCGCACCGGGCGAAGUCACGGUCCAGUCCCUCGAGGAUGCCGUCCUCGUCCCCGCUGUCGACAUACCCUCCGCGGAGGACCGCGUGUCGCCCGUCACCACGCCCGUACACCAGGCGCUCCUCGUCGCCGACGGCUUCAUGGGCGCCGUCAACGUCUCCGCCCUGCCCGUCUCCGAGGCGGGUGGCUCCAUCAUGGCCGCCGUGCAGAUCGAAGGCGUCUCCAAGGAGCAGCUCGACACAGACUUUGACAUUGUCGACAUAUCACAAGCAGAGCAGGGCAUCCGACUAUUCCGCCAAAGCCCUGAGCAUGCCAUGGACUACGAGCGUCUCUGGUCCACGAGCAACGUCCCCGCCCUCGCGUCAUGGCUCCGGGCCGGUGCCAGAUCUACCGGCGAGCACGCCACCAAGCCCGCCGUGCGGCAGCUCAUCGCCUCACUGCUGCAAAACACCAUCUCAUCCAUCCACGCAGCCGACGCGCAGAAGCUAUCCCGCGCACUCGCCGCCAACGGCGCUUCUCCCGCCCUCGUCGGCCUGCACGGUCGUCUCGCCGACUGGGCACAGCGCGCCCAUGCCGAACUCCAGGACGAGCUGGACCUGGCCUUCACCGGCCGCCGUUGGAGGAAGCUCGGCUGGUGGAAGCUGUUCUGGCGCGUCGACGACGUCGCCAUGCUGACAAACGAGAUGCUCGGCCAGCGCUUCAUGCCCACCGCCGAGCAGGAGCUCGUGUACCUCACCGGCCGCAUCGCCGAGCUCGCGGGCGACUCGCCGCAGUACCCGCAGCCCGUCUCCGCGGGGGACGCAGACGGCGCCGUCCCCUCGGAGCAGCGCCGCCUCGGCUCCGGUGAGCGUGCGCCCGCCCUCGCCGCGACGUCGUCCUCCGCGCUGCCCAAGUGGCCCGGGCACAUUGCCUUUACGCGCCGCUACCUCCAGAACGAGACCGUCCCCGCGCUGCAGUCCCUGGCGCAGCGGCUCGUCAUGCAGGCGCUCGGCACGUCUGGCGUGACGACGUCUCUCGCCGCGCUCCUGUACGCCUCGUCGUUUGCGUCCACGCUCUACGAGGCUGGCGCCGUGGCCGCCCUGGGCAUUGUGUACAGCCUGGGCCGCAUGCAGAAGAAGUGGGAGGCGGCGCGGGGCUUCUGGGAGGGCGAGGUGCGCGAGGAGGGACGCAAGGCUGUCAGGGGAGCUGAGGAGAGUGUGGCCAUGGUGCUCGACAAUGGCGCGGCGGCCAAGGCGUCAGAACAGGAAGCUCAGGAGCUGCAAAGCGCGAGGGAACUGGUGGCCAAAGCCGAGGACGCGCUAUCGCGGAUACAAUAG